ACUUAGCACGUGAACACUCCAAAGUCCGUAACAUUAAAGAUGGAUUUUAAAUUAAUAUAAAAUUAAUUCGCGCGUAAAAAUGUGUGUAGCGUGAUGUGAUAACUGUGAUAGUGUGUGUUUGUGUGUGUUGUUAGGAUUUUUUUGGAAAAAGAUGGCAGAAAUAAUUCUACAAAGGCGGAAAGCAGCGUCGGUUCUGGCAGACCCCAACCCACUAUUAAUAUUGUUAAUUAUAUGUUUCAUACAAUUGUGUGGGGGGCAGGUCAUCAACAGGGCUCCCCACUUCAUACCGCAGUCUGGGGACAUGUCGCAGUUUAGUUUAUCCGAGGACACGCCUGUUGGGACGCCAGUGUACCAUUUGAAAGGCAUAGAUCCUGAGAACGGUUUACUACGGUACUCAAUAUCCGGCCAAUAUUUCAGCGUUGAUUCUUCAACCGGAGUCGUGACUCUAGCGAAAUCGUUGGAUAGAGAAGAAAAAGCGUCCUUGGAAGUCAUUAUUAGUAUCACAGAUGAGGGUAUAGCGGAGGCAGAACCUAAUACAGUAUCUCUUCGACGAGUCAUCCCAGUUCGAGAUGUGAACGAUAACCCGCCUGUGUUCCACAAUCGGCCUUACAUUGUCAAUAUCAGUGAGGCUUUGCCUGUUGGCAGUGAGAUAGAGGUUUCCCCGCGUAUCGUAGUAACUGACAGAGACGAAGGCGACAAUGCGAGGAUCCAAGUCAAAUGUUCCACUAAAGAAAGGGGCAGCGACUUUGAGGCCUGUUCUACUUUUAAAAUUGUUACUGAAAUGGUGGAAACACCAAACCAAUACCAAGUGCGGAUUUUUCUAUCGAAACCACUAGACUUCGAGAGUCGUUCUGCAUACGUGAUAUCACUAGAAGCCUCAGAUGCAUCCGCAAAACCUCUGCGAGCAGUCGCCAGUGUGGCAGCGGCCAUACAAGACGUUCAAGACCAGCCGCCGGCCUUUGUGAACGCACCUUAUUCUGCUACUGUACCUGAAAAUACUCCACCAAACACAAGUGUAAUGGAAAUAAUAGCUAAAGAUGGCGAUACAGCGAACCCGCGGCCAGUAUUAUUGACUCUCGAGGGAGAUGUCCAGAAGUACUUUCAACUACUGCCAGAGAGACCAACGGGUCGCGCGACGCUGGUCACCACUGAUGUUCCUAUUGAUAGAGAAAGUGAUGUCGUUGUGCAAAACGGAGGAGUUUAUAAUUUCUUUGUUAAGGCUACAGAAUUAAUAAACAACGAGGUGCCAUCAGAUUUUACAGUAAUCCCUGUAACAAUAAUCGUGACCGACGUAGACGAUCACAUACCACAAUUUAAUCGAGACCUUUUCGACAUAUCCAUACCUGAAAACAUCGAAAAUGGUAGUCCUAUUCCAGGCUUAUCUAUCUACGUCGAUGAUAAUGACUUAGGACAAAACAGCAAAUACGAUUUAAAACUACGCGAUAUUUAUAACUCAGAAGGUGUUUUUUCAAUUAGUACUGACCACGGCGAAGGAAGGACACCAAUCAGUAUAAAAGUAAAAGAUUCCUCCAGAUUAGAUUACGAUGUUGAUGAUGAAGAAAAAAGGCUAUUUAGUUUUGAUAUUGUCGCUUCUGUGAACGAUGAAGAACUUUCCUCUGCGAGAAUUAACAUAAAACUAUUAGACAUAAAUGACAAUGCACCAGUAUUUGAUGAACCACAUUAUAAAUUCAACGUGCUGGAAAAUGCGCUGGUUGGAUAUAAAAUUGGUGACGUUCAGGCAACUGAUAAAGACUACGGGAUAUUUGGUGAAAUUGAAUAUUCACUAACAGGUUUUGGAUCAAAUUUGUUUAGUACUAAUAAAAAUACAGGAGGUUUGUAUGUUGCGAAUACACUGGACUAUGAAACUCAAAGAAGUUACAGUCUAACUUUAGUUGCCAAAGAUGGUGGCGGUAAAGGAACUACUACAAGUAUAUUCGUUGAAGUUUUAGAUGCUAAUGAUAAUGCACCAAUUUUUGAAGCCUCAGAAUAUAGUCGUACUAUAAGAGAUGGCGCUACCAGUUUCGAACCACAGCUUGUUGUACGGGCAACUGAUGCAGAUGGGCCAACUCAAGGAGGUGGUCGUGUUCGUUACUCGCUCGAAUCAGAUAAUAGUAUUGCACAUAAGGGACAAGUCUUUGCUAUUGACGAAGAUACGGGAGAAAUAUCUAUCGUUAACAAAGUUGAAACUAUGGACACACCUAGGGGACAGUACGAAUUAGUUGUAAGAGCAACAGAUUACGGAAAACCACCUUUAUUCAAUGAAACAAAAGUCUACAUACGAGUUGGUGUACCUGGUAACCAGCGACCAACAUUCAAGGGCAACUAUCACCAUUACACGUACACAGUUAAUCAAAGAAACGCCGAUAGCAACGAAGACUUUACAUUUGAUCUCAACCCAAUGAAUUAUAAAGCCACAAUAAGAGAAGAUGCAAAACCAGGACAAAAUGUUACAAAUGUUAUUGCAAAUGACCCAGAUGGAUUAGACGAUUUGUUAUCCUAUCACAUAGUAUCUGGAUCAAAGGAUAAUUUCGUAAUUAAUGAAAAAACCGGUCUAAUAACAGUUUCCAACGAUGCAAACCUUGACCGAGAUGUUAACCCUGAACGUUAUGAAAUCAUUGUUUCCGCUGUAGAUAGUGGAAUUCCGAUUCCUGAAACUGCAACCACUACAGUAUUUGUCACAAUUCAAGACGUCAAUGAUAAACCACCUAAAUUCAAUACAACUGAAUCUACUACCUACAUAUCUGAAAGAACCAAAGUCAAUAAUGUUGUAACAAAACUAGUGGCACACGAUUCCGAUUCAAAUGCAAGACUCAAAUACAGUUUGAUGGAACCUAUUAAAGCAUUUUCUAAAGCCGGUGUUCAAGUCAAACCUAAUUCACCUUACGAUUAUAAACAUAUAUUCAAAGUUAAUGAAGACACAGGAGAAAUUCUUGUGAAUGGCACUUUAGAUUAUAGUCAAGUAUCUGUAGUAAUAUUGUCUGUGAAAGUUACUGAUAUUAAUGCUGAAGUAAACAAAGAAAACCAAUAUGCUGUAACAGAACACACAAUUUAUAUUCAACCUUAUGCUGAUAAAAAUCCGCAGUUUACGAAUCCCGGAUGGACUAAUUCAAAUCCAAUAAUUCAUCACAAGGUUAAAGAAGAUCAACCGAUUGGAAGCACUGUGCUUAUUUUAAUGGCAGAAGACCCUACUUCGGGUCAUAUGGUAUCAAAUUUUAAGGUCAUUAAUUCUGAAACUGGACUUUUACAAGUUGAUCCUUUGAGUGGCCAAGUUGUACUGACUAAACAUUUAGAUUAUGAAGAGCUCACGAACCCUAAUUUAACUUUAACUGUGCAUGCUACUAGUAACGAUGGAACUAAGCAUAGUUCAGCUAAAGUUAUAAUCGAGGUUGUAAAUCUUAAUGACAAUCCACCGAUCUUCAGUAAAGAGCUAUACAAAGUGAGCGUACCUGAAUCGAUUAGAUAUCCAGAGCAAAUUCUAACAGUACAAGCAAAAGAUAGCGAUGCAGUAUUAACUGAUGAGGAUAAAGAAAAUGGUUUUGCUGAAGUGCGAUAUACACUGAGAGGGGAAAAUGCAGAAUUACUAACAAUAGAUGAAGUUACUGGAGUAAUCAAGGUGGCACCAAAUAAGACUUUAGAUCGUGAACGCCAAUCAGUUCUUCGGCUAGAAGUAGAAGCAUUUGAUACACCAAAAGGAGGAGCAGACAGGCUCAAAUCCGUUGCCACGGUACUUAUAGACGUACUGGAUGUAGAUGAUAACACACCGGCAUUCGACAAGACUGUUUAUACUGCUGUAGUACCAGAAAACGUGCCAGUGGGAAUAAGAGUAAUUAAAUUGACUGCAACAGACCCAGAUGAAGGUUUAGGAGGAGAAAUUAAGUACGAGUUUUUGGAUGAAGGCGAAGCCAACGGUCUAUUUACAAUAGAUCCUGUGAGUGGAGAAGUACGGACUCAGCGAGAUCUGACAGGUCGUGGUCGUACGGACCCGUAUCGUUUGCUCAUUGGAGCGACGGAUGGUGGCGGGCAUACUGGAGAUGCGUCUCUGUCUCUGUAUAUCGGAGAUGUUAGCGCUAAUGAUGGAGUACCGAGGUUUAUUAGACCGGCGCCUGGAGAGACGCUGAGUGUUAGUGAGAAUGCCACCAUCGGAUCUCCUGUAUUCCAAGUUGUAGCGAGUGACCCGGAUGAUCCCACUCAACCUUCGGGUCAACUAUUCUACUCUAUACAGCAGAGCAAUGCGGAUGCCAAGAUAUUUGCUAUAGAUCCCCACACUGGUCUAAUAACAACACGUCAAACGUUGGACAGAGAGCGUAAACCAUCGUACACGUUGGUGCUAUUGGUCACAGACAGAGGCCAACCUCCACAGCAGAGUACGCGAAUAGUCACUGUUGAAGUGGCCGAUAUAGAUGAUCAUAAGCCACACUUUGGGAGAGGAUUGGAUGAUCCUCCAUUACUUAUAACAACAAAUGAAGAAGUACCAGUGGGAACUGUCAUCGGAACAAUUGAAGCCAUCGAUGAAGACAUUGGUGAAAAUGCUGCGAUAGAUUAUGUCAUUACUGCUGGCAAUGAAUUAGACCUACUUAGGCUAGAACGUACGAACGACAGCAAAGCUCUAAUAAUAGCUGCAAUGAGAAUAGACAGAGAAGUAGUGUCGAGACAACUGCUCACCGUGAAAUGUUUCAAGUACGGCACUAGAGCUCGGAUCCAUAAGUCGUAUAAUCGAUUGGACCCAUCAGAAAUACAAGUAGUUAUCAAGAUUCUAGAUAUCGACGACCACCUACCAGAAUUCGACAACACAAACAUGACUAUAGGAGUACGCCUCAAUGUCCCCGUAGACACCAUCAUAGCCACCAUCAAAGCCAUAGACAAAGACCCCGACGCACUACCGAUCCAAUACAGGAUAGUAAAUAUGACUUUCGAAUCGCCCAUCAAGUCUAAGUCCUCGAAUAACAUAACCGAUGUGAUCGUGUUGAAUAAUGUUACUGGAGAAAUGAAAAUUAUGAAGAAUCUGAUACAUUACGCUGACGGUAUAUUCAGAAUAAUUGUUCGUGCAAAUAAUUCUAUGGACCCGGGGCGAUUCAGUGAUUUACUUGUAGAGGUAGUGGUGGUCCGGGAAAGAGAUCUCUUAAGACUAGUAGUGCCCGGCGGCCGGUCUCGCCUCGCCGCGCUGAAGGAACGAAUCUCGAAUGUUCUAGAAACGAAACGAUUAAGGCUGCAGCUACAUGACGCUCCUCAUGCUGCCUUCUAUGAUAAUAAUGGACCUUGCUUCCAAUUCCGCAAAAUGGACACUGGAGAAGCCCUCACACCCAAAGCAAUGAAGCAAACCAUACGCUCUCUAGGCACAGAGUUCCAGGAGAUACUCGAGACUUAUAACGUGCAUAACAUCACAAGUUGCGGCGCUUCCCGAACUAAGCACACAUCUGCACAACAUGCGUUGCUGCUGUUGGCUGCAGCAUUACCUGUAGCUGCUUUUAUAGCUACUCUGGUGCUCUGCUGCAUGCAUUCUAAUGCGAAACGGCGCAUGCGCUCGGCGCUACUUGUGAGAGAAGCUGCGCCCGCACCCACCACCCUGUCCGCGCCCACCAGACUGUACGCUGAACCGCUCUACUCCACGUGACACCAUAGACAUUACCAGAGACCCUUACACGUCCACUGCUGAACAUAGGUCUAAGGCUUCAGCCAAACGAGCGUAAUUUUUUGAGUUGUGAGUCGCGUAAUUUACGCUGCAUUCAGUUUCAUACAAAGAUGACAAGACAAGCAUGCGCAAAAGUGCAAGCGGUAGAUUGAGCGAAAUGGGCAUUACGAUGCCGGGCAAACCAGUACGUAUCGCGUUGAUCCUUGCUGUGGUAUUUUAAAAAGCACAGCCGUACAAAGAGUCUGUUCGUAUCUUCACUAUAUCUAAGAGGAGCGAUAGAGCACAGCAUGACAGCGCAGCAUAGCUUAAUGAUGAUUGGUCACUCUGAGGGACUGCGACUCGUUUGAUGUCGUCAGUCCACCGUCUGCCCAUACUGCGCUUUGCGGCGCGAGCUCGUCAUUCCAGCGCCUUGGGGUCCUUGGGACCCCUAACCUCUAUCGGUUCUUCAAACAUUUAAUAAUACCUACUAAUAUGCGAGUAUGAGCGUAAGAUAAUAUUAAAUGUUUGAAGCUUUUUAUAAAAACCGAGAGUAAAUUCUCACUACCUACUUGUUGAUUUAUCGCUCGACAAAGCGAUCAACAGUGUAUUUUUUGUUGAUCGCCUGUUGCUUAUACUUAAGUACAUUUACUUGAUUUUGUUUGAUCACACAUAUCAGUCGUCAAAAAUCGAGCAAAUCUGUAGGCACCUUUACUUGGAUUGUUACGAAAUAUGGGACGAAAGAUGGUACCUAAAAUAAGUUUUUGUUUAAUUGGCUUUUUAACAGUUUUCUUGAUGCUGAUGUAAUUUAACAAAAUAUUGAAGGUUAAUACUCAAAAUUAUUAUAUUUUAUUAUACUUAUCUUACCUAAGUUAUUUAUUUUACGAAACUUUAAGCUUCAACAGGUAUAGGUAUUCCGUCCAAACGCCAUAUCUAGUAGAUAAUACUUAAUAUUAUAAAUGCGAAAGUUCGUCUGUCUACUAUUUUUCACAGUCUAUCCGUGUACAAAAUAUAUAGCUUGCAUCCAGGGAGAUGGACAUAGACUAAUAUUUUUAUCCUGGAAAAUCAAAGCUCCCACGAAAUUCUUGAAAAGAUAAAUCCGUAAGAUGAAGUUGUGGGCAUUGUUUACUUGUACAAAGAUAGAUAGCUAGCAUCCACGAGACGGACAUAGACUAAUUUAUAUCCCGGAAAAUCAAAGAGUUCCCGCGGGAUAUUCGGAAAUCUAAAUCCACGCGGAUGAAGUUACGGGGAUCAAUUAGUAAACGCAAAACUAUGCAAGUAAAAAAAAAAAAAUAAAAAUUAUUACUUAGUUACUAUUUUUUAAGAUUUGACAACUAAAAUUUGCUUAUCAACCUGCCUCGAAAUAAAAUGUUCAAUCUUUUAUUUUAUGAAAGUACUGGAUUCAUUAAAAAGGAAAACAAGACAAA